AUGUCGCGCUAUCAUCUUGCAGAUUUGAAUUCAUCAUUAUUGGCCUACUCUGGCAACCAAGCCACAACCGGAGGCCAACUAAAUGCCGGCUUCUCAUUGGCCGGCGCCUUUCCUUGGCCUCUUCCCCCUCGCCAUUGGCAGCUUCCCACAACCAGGCUCUCGGCCAAUGAAAUUCCCCGCAGUCACAGCCAGGUUUCGGCUCCAGCCAAUCACAACGCGCCUCGCGGGGGGAGUGAAACUUUAUCCCUACCUGGCAACCCUGCCAUGAGGCCUAUGACUUCGCCUAUUACGUCACCGAUGACGUCACCGCUACUGACCAAUUGCAGCGCACCGUGCAAAGUGACGUCACCGCUCUUGACCAAUGACAGCGCUCGACUCACGAGUGAACAACCACAAGAUUUUUGGUCGAGCAAACCUCGUCCACUCUGGGACUCUCAUGGCGUCACCCGAGAGCGCCGAACUCCAUCCUGUUUUACCAUCUCUUCCCUUGUUGGCAACAACAACCACGAGAAAAACCACGACAACAAAAACGAGCACCGAAACGGCAGCGAUCAAAAUGGCAACCCGACAAAAGAUGCAUCAAUCGAUUUAAACUUCGGCAGUUUCCGGCCUGCAGACUUUUCGAAAGAGCGGACAUUCAGAAACCAACUUGAUGAAACUCGAAUUGAAAACAAAGGGUGGCAUCAUUCCAUGGCUGAAGAUAGAGAUGACGAUGAGAGAGAAUGGAAAAAUGGACAAGAAGAUGACGAGACCAAAGAAGCAAUAGAUGUAGAAGGCACGAAUGAAUCGACGAACAAGUAUACAAACCGAUAUGCUGAUGAUGAUAUGCUAAGCAAUAGGAUGGAUCAAGAUGACAACGAAGAAGCUAAUUCAGACAUAGAUGUUGGGGGACCACAUCCAAAGGGGCAUCUUGACUCCAAAAAUUACGAUGGGGAAAAAGAUAGCACACAUUCCCCGUCUCCCAAAUGCAUGUUUUCACCAACCUCAGUCUUGCCAAAACAUGAAAUUUCACAAGACAAAAUUUCUUUUCCUCUACGACUACCAUUUAACCACGAAUCUUUAUUCAGUUUGUCUUCACGCCACACAGGAGCUUUUCAACCUCUACUAUCAGACCCCAGACUACAUCCUGAUCGACAGGAUCUCAGUCGAAUCGCAUCCGAUAAUCCAAUUUUUCAGACUUCACAAGAAACCACAGAAAAUGGAAAUCAAGUAGGUAGUAAGUCUUCGACUAAUUCUAGGGAAUCCUCUCCAAAAAUGUCUCCGGUACAUCAGUUUUCGCCUCUUUCUCGGACAUUCAUGCCACAUUUGUGUUUGAAUUCCAGUAACCGUGAAGCAUUUAUGAAUUUACAUAGGCCUUUAGGUUUUGGAUUAUAUCCACCAAGUCCGAAUACUUCGAAAAAAGAAUUGUCAUCACUCACUUCAGAAAACGAAAACUCCAAACGAAACGCUAUGGAAACAGAAGCAUCCCAAUCGUCAAUGUCAGCUUCUUUAGACGAUUCUUUGCAGACGAUGAUGUCUACAUCAGUUUCUACAUCCACAACCCCACCUCCAAUGUUAACAUCUACUGCACAAUCUUCCACCUCCCAAGAAGGUCUGCAUCACCAUUCAAUGCAGCAUUUUCCAUGGCACCUCUCUAACAUUGGUAAUAAUAUUACUAAUAUCACUAACAUAGCAAACAUCAACCUCUCUAGUUUACCAAACUUACCACAUCCGUUGUCAGGAAGCUUCCCAUCAAUAUCAACAUUGGGAAGUUUACAAAGCCUUUCGAAUCUCAACGCAAGUCAGCUGACCAACCAGCUAACCAACUCUUUGUCGGGUCAGCUUGGGAGUUCGUUAUCUACACACCUUGGAAAUUCCUUAUCCAGUUCACUAACUAGUCAUUUCGGUUCUUCUUUGUGUGGUCCAAUGGGUGAACCACAUCGGAUAUUCCCCUGGUCUUUAUCACAAUGUCCACUACCCCCUUUUCGUAUGGAAGGGGGCCAUUUAGCUUUCGAUGGAAGCCAUUUCCAAAUGGAUGGGUUUGCCUUAGAUGGGUCACUAAUCAAACCCCUUGCCUUGGGUGGGGGUGACGUGUACUCCUGUAUCAAGUGCGAGAAGAUGUUCUCCACCCCACAUGGUCUGGAAGUCCAUUCCAGACGAUCCCACAACGGCAAAAGACCCUUCGCUUGCGAGAUGUGCAACAAGACCUUCGGCCACGAGAUCAGCCUUACGCAACACAGAGCGGUUCACAGCGCAGAGAAAGUGUUCUCCUGCAAGCAGUGCGGCAAAUGUUUCAAGAGAUCUUCCACCUUAUCCACCCACUUACUCAUCCACUCCGACACCAGGCCUUACCCCUGCCAGUAUUGCGGCAAGCGCUUCCACCAGAAGAGCGACAUGAAGAAACAUACCUACAUCCACACAGGAGAGAAGCCACACAAGUGCACGGUGUGCGGCAAGGCUUUCUCACAGUCCUCGAACCUGAUAACUCACAGCCGCAAGCACACCGGCUUCAAGCCCUUCUCCUGCGACCUUUGUGGACGCGCGUUCCAGCGCAAAGUGGACUUGCGGCGCCACAAGGAGACCCAGCACACUGACCUCAGGGGGGACCUCAGAGGCCAGGUGGAUCUUAGGAGUCAAGGGGACCUUAGGGGUCAAGUGGAUAUUAGGGGUCAAGUGGACCUCAGGAGUCAAGUAGACCUUAGGAAUCAAAUGGACCUUAGAGUUCAGGGAGAUCUCAGGGGUCAAGUGGACUUGAGGGCCCAAGCGGUCGAUCUUAGAAACCCGGUGGACCUGAGGAACCAGGCUUUGGAGCUAAGGAACCAAGGGGAUAUCCGAACAGCGGGUGAUUUGGAGAAUGUGGGGGAUUUAAAUGGCCAGGCUCCGGAGUUGAGAAAUCAAGAGGAGUCGCAACCUCAGGACUUUAAAAAUCACCAGGAUACGCAAAUCAAAAUGAACCACCAGGAUAUACGGACGGAAAAUCCAGAAAGAAAUCAAAGGCAGGCGGAUAGCAUCAGAUCCUCGCCAGACAGUGGGGAUUUGAAAUCUUCUCUUCGUUUUGAUAACCGAUUAAGCCAAGUCGGAUACCGGGAUGUCAUUUCCGACAACGUCACCAAAAAGUCAACUACAGAAAACGACAACGAAGAUGAGAACGUCACGUCUGUUUCACCUUUAAAACUAACAGAAGCCUCUGAAAAGUCCCUGUUCGAACCCCUAUCAUCUUACGGGCAUGCAUCUUCUUAUGAAACUACCGAUUCGUCUGUUCGAAAAUCUGGGGACUCUAAAACGUUCCCAUUUUCAUCGGCAAUGCGUGCAUCAAAUAACGCAAACUUACUGUCAAAAACGGUAAACUUCCCAUUUCCAGCCUCAAUUUCUUUAAUGCCAUUCACUUCCGUCUCGCAUUUCCCUACGUACAACGGGAUUAACGGGUCUGGGUCAACAGGCUCCCCCAACAUCGAAAACGCCAAAUAUAACGGUAAUAUAACGGAGGAAAUAACGGAAAGGAAACAGAGACUGACUGUUACUGAGGACUAAAUUUGAGGGUAAGAAACAUGUGUGAAUUUUAUACUGAAAAAUAUUGCAAUUGAAGCAGACGAUUUCUGGUAAAUUGGCGAACAGUUAAGCCAAAUAAUUCUCAUUAAUAUUAAUGAGUAUUAACCUCUGCAAAUUUAAACUAA